AUGGGUCUCAAGCUCAACAUCCUUUUGCUGGCCAUCGCGGCCUGUAUCCCGCACAUCUACUCACGCUUAUCUCUGCUGUAUACUCUCGAAACAAACAACCAUCCCUCCAAGCUCUCAACACCUCGAGGGUGGAUGACAGAGAAAGGCAGCUAUGAGCUCAGAUAUGUCGACAAACUCAGAAACUGCGAAGACUUGGUUGUAGAUGAGAAAGUGGGAUAUAUGGUCCUCGGCUGUGACGAAGGUAGAGAUGUCUGGAAUACUGUCAUGGGUGUCUUUGGUAAAACCUCACCCGAAAAUGGUGCACUUUACCUCUACGACUACUCGCGAGCACGUCCAUCUCUGGAAACCAUACGCCUCCUCAACACCCCACCGGACUACUCUUUCCACCCCCUAGGCCUGUCUUUGCAUCUCCCCACCAACACCAUACUAGCUGUAAACCACGGUAUCCACGGCAGUACACUCGACCAGUUCCAUUUCUCGCGCCUCGGCAACUCAGCAACCUACAUCCGCAGCUUCUCCUCUCCAUACCUCAGAGCACCAAACGCCGUCUUUCAAACCUCCAACACCGAAGUCUUAGUCACCAACGACCACUUCUUCACCCCUAGAGCAUCAAAAUGGUUGAACAAGAUCGAAACCUAUUUCGGACUACCUCUAGGCGGCGUCACCUACUUGAACCUGCAAACCGGAGAAGCCACUCAAAUCACCCGUAUUCCCUUUGCAAACGGCAUCGCUUUGUUGAACCAGACCACUGUGGCCGUAGCCUCGAGCUCUUCCGCAAAAAUCUUCUUCUACUCCCUCGACAAAAGUCACUCUCCACCUACUCUUUCCCUCGCCGAAUCAAUCAGCACACCCUUCUGGCCCGAUAACCUGCAUACCUCAGGCGAUAAACUGUUUAUAGCAGGACACGCUCAACUCUCUGGUCUGACUAAGUUUGCGGAAUCGAGAGCGAAGUGUAGAGCUGAUACUAAGGCUGUGGGGUGUGAUGCAGUUGCACCCAGUUAUGUGGCGCAGUGGACUAGGAAAGGGGGUAUUGAGGAUGUUUACGUGGGGACUGAGAUUUAUGCGUCUAGUGGUGUUGGGAUUGAUGAGAAGAGAGGAGUUGGUGUCGUUAGUGGGUUGUAUGGGAAGGGGCUGUUGAUCUGGAGUGAGGACAAGAAAGAGUGA